AUGACAGCUGGUAUGAGAAAGAGAUGGACUAUUGUAAGGUAUAGUGAGGUUGAUGAUGGUCUUCCGGCCCAUCCAAGCGAAGGGCUGAUUAGGAUUUUUAAGGCAGAAGAUAGGGUGGGGGCUCAACCAAGCUGGGACUCGCACCGUUAUGUAACUCUUGUGAAGCACACUUGCAGUGGUGACACGGUGGCACUCAAGUCGGUGAUGGGCGAUGGGUUUCGUUUUCGCGGCGGAGGAGAGACGCUGAGGUGCAUUGGGCUUGGUGGCACCAAGGCAGGAUCAAGGCUUGGUGAUGCUUUGGGUCCACAUGGCGAGCUAAGCGACGUCAACAGUGGAUACGGUUCUAGUGUAUAUCCUAGGCAUGGCAGCGCCAUCCAUUGCAUGGAGAUGGACGACGCUGAAGCUGGCAGAGGCCAGGGUGAUGAUAGAGUGGCCGAAUUUGGCGACAACUGGAUGGGUGAUGCCCUUAGCGUCAUAACUGGCUUUGGCGACACCGAUGGUGACUUGGGCAACGCUCUUUACACAAACGUUGUUUAUGUAGGAGGUCGUAGUGUGGGUGACGUCUUGGACCUGGGUAGUAGUGCCAACGACGUGCGUGGUCUUUGCAGUGCUCUAGGAGGCUUCAAUGGCGUGCGUGACAUCGAUAAUGCGCUAGGCGAUGCUGUACAGGACUGCAGGCUGGACGAGCAGGCACUUGAGCAAGGCUGGAAAGUUAGGCGACGCCCUAGCGUCAUAGAUGGCUUUGGGGACGCCGAUGGUGACCUGGGCAGUGCUCCUUUCAGAGGCAUUGUUUAUGUAGGAGGUCGUAGUGUGGGUGACAUCCUGGACCUCAGUAGUAGCGCCAAAGGCGUGCGUAGCCUUUGCAGUGCUCCAGGUGGCUUCAACGACGUGCAUGACAUCGAUAGUGCGCUAGGCGAUGCUGCACUGGACAACAGGCUUGGCGAUGCCAGACUGCCAAGCUAG